UGUCCACUGGACCACCACGGAAGGCCCUAUAUAUUUUUUUAAUGUUUAUUUUUUGGCCAGCUCUUAGAACUUGUUUAGUAAAUGUAAUGUUUUGUCAUUUUAAGUAAUUAUCCUCUGAUAUAAAGGAAAACAAGAGGCUUUCUCCAGAUUAAGAACGCUGAAGCAACAGCUCAUGAGGCCAUUGAAUUUUUAUAAUCCUUUUUGACUGUAUGUCCUCCUUAAAAUGCCCUCUCUGGGUGAAGUGGACUGGCCCCCCCCACCCCCGUCUGGCUGUGUCAUCGUGCAUGUCUGCAGUGCAGCAGCAGUGUGACUACUUCACCAAAGAAAAGGUUCCACCCAGGAGGCAGUGCAGGGCUGCAGGGGUUUAAGGUCACCCAUGAGCCCGGUUCUAAGGCCACUGCCCUUGGACAGCUGACCCAUGGCGGAUUGCUCUGAGGCUCGGUUUCCUCCUUGGUUUUAAGCAAGAUACGCCUUCGUGGGGUUGCUUGACGUGGUGAUCAGAUGUCACGGCACUGAUCACGCCAGGCUAGGCACAGAGGUGAGAGUUAGCUGUCAGAGUGUCAACAAAGGACACUGAAAGCUGCGCCUGUGUCACUCAUGUUCCUUCAGUUCAUCACGAAGUUCGUCGCUUCGCCGGUGAGCGGUGAGUGACAGUUCAGUUUGAACCGAGGCUGGGAUGGCUGUGGGAGCUGCAGGCUGGAGACGUGGCCGGCGUCCAGGAGUACAAGGAAUGUGCCAAUGUUUAGAAAGCCUUUCCUCAGACAUGAAUGAAGUACACCUGUGUGAACUUAUGUCUUGUGUAAAAGUGCCUGGGGACAGGGGAUGAUUUUUAAGAAUCGGAAGAAACUUGGAAGGAACAUACAUGGGGAAAACAAAGUCCCUGUGCUGUAGAUCAGGGACUGUUGUCUUGACACCUUUAUAGGCCUUCAUCUGAGGAGACUUUUCAGAGGCGGACUUACCCUGGUGGCGCAGUGGUUAAGAAUCUGUGCCCCGCAGCAGGCUGAGAGCAUGUCACACACACAGCCGCUGUCUGAUGUCCUGUGACUGAGAAGCUGGCUGUUUGACUUUGUUAUGAUGCCUUUGGAGAUGGAGCCCAAAAUGAGCAAACUUGCCUUCGGGUGCCAGCGGAGCUCCACGUCCGAUGACGACUCGGGCUGUGCGCUGGAGGAGUACGCCUGGGUCCCCCCAGGCCUCAGACCCGAGCAGAUCCAGCUCUAUUUUGCUUGCUUACCAGAGGAAAAGGUUCCUUAUGUUAACAGCCCUGGAGAGAAACACCGAAUUAAACAGCUUUUGUACCAGUUGCCACCACAUGAUAAUGAGGUGCGGUAUUGCCAGACUUUGAGUGAAGAGGAGGAAAAAGAGUUGCAAGUGUUCAGUGCUCAGCGGAAGAAAGAAGCACUCGGAAGAGGGACGAUUAAACUUCUGUCCAGAGCAGCGAUGCACGCUGUGUGCGAGCAGUGUGGGUUGAAGAUAAAUGGAGGUGAAAUUGCAGUGUUUGCCUCUCGAGCGGGCCCUGGAGUAUGCUGGCACCCAUCCUGUUUUGUCUGCUUCACGUGCAACGAGCUGCUGGUCGACCUCAUCUAUUUUUAUCAGGAUGGAAAAAUUCACUGUGGCCGGCACCAUGCUGAGCUGCUCAAACCCCGGUGUUCAGCAUGUGACGAGAUAAUUUUUGCUGAUGAGUGCACAGAAGCAGAGGGUCGCCACUGGCACAUGAAACACUUCUGCUGCCUUGAGUGCGAGACGGUCCUGGGGGGACAGAGGUACAUCAUGAAGGACGGCCGCCCGUUCUGCUGCGGCUGCUUCGAGUCCCUGUACGCCGAGUACUGUGAGACCUGCGGCGAGCAUAUUGGUGUGGACCAUGCGCAGAUGACCUAUGACGGACAGCACUGGCACGCUACAGAGGCCUGCUUUUCCUGCGCCCAGUGCAAAGCCUCUCUGUUGGGAUGCCCCUUCCUUCCCAAACAAGGUCAGAUUUAUUGCUCAAAGACAUGCAGCCUCGGUGAAGACGUCCAUGCCUCAGAUUCUUCGGACUCUGCGUUCCAGUCGGCCCGAUCAAGAGACUCCAGAAGAAGUGUCCGGAUGGGCAAAAGCAGCCGGUCGGCAGAUCAGUGUCGGCAGUCUCUCCUCUUGUCCCCUGCUCUGAACUACAAGUUUCCUGGCCUUUCAGGCAAUGCUGACGACACCCUUUCUCGGAAACUGGAUGAUCUGAGUCUUUCCAGGCAAGGAGCAGGUUUCGUCAAUGAAGAAUUUUGGAAAGGCAGAGUAGAGCACGAAACCCCAGAAGACCCUGAAGAAUGGGCUGAGCAUGAAGAUUAUAUGACGCAGCUGCUCCUCAAGUUUGGUGAUAAAAGCCUCUUUCAGCAGCAGCCCAAUGAGAUGGACAUUCGAGCCAGUGAGCACUGGAUAUCUGAUAACAUGGUUAAAAAUAAGACCGAGUUAAAGCAAAAUAACCAGAGCCUUGCAAGUAAGAAAUACCAGUCUGAUAUGUACUGGGCACAGUCACAAGAUGGACUGGGGGAUUCUGCUUAUGGCAGCCACCCGGGCCCUGCGAGCAGUCGAAGGCUCCAGGAGUUGGAUCUGGACCAUGGGGCUUCGGGAUAUAGUCACGAUCAAACUCAGUGGUAUGAAGAUUCCCUGGAGUGUUUGUCAGACUUGAAACCAGAGCAGAGUGUUCGGGAUUCUAUGGAUUCUUUGGCUUUGUCUAAUAUCACAGGGGCUUCGGUGGAUGGAGAAAGCAAGCCAAGGCCAUCGUUAUAUUCUCUGCAAAACUUCGAGGAAAUAGAGGCAGAAGACUGUGAGAAAAUGAGCAAUAUGGGGACUUUGAACUCUUCCAUGCUGCACAGGAGCACAGAGUCCUUGAAGAGCCUCAGUUCAGAGCUGUGUCCAGAAAAAGUCCUGCCUGAGGAGAAGCCAGUGCACCUGCCAGUACUCCGCAGGUCCAAGUCUCAGUCCAGGCCACAGCAGGUCAAGUUUUCCGAUGAUGUCAUUGACAACGGAAGCUAUGAGAACAUCGAAAUCCGGCAGCCGCCCAUGAGCGAGAGAACGCGGAGACGGGUGUACCAUUUUGAAGAAAGGGGACCCAGGUCUCAUCACCAUCGCCGCAGAAGAAGUAGGAAGUCCCGCUCGGACAAUGCUCUGAACCUCGUUACAGAAAGAAAAUACUCUCCCAAGGACAGGCUGCGGCUUUACGCCCCUGAUAACUAUGAGAAGUUUAUCCAGAGUAAGAGUGCCCGGGAGAUCCAGGCCUACAUCCAGAACGCUGACCUGUACGGGCGGUACGCCCAUGCCACGUCCGACUACACCCUGCAGAAGCCGGGAGGGCCUCGGUUUCUGGGACUCUACGGGGAGGACGACGACUCCUGGUGCUCCUCCUCCACCUCCUCCUCCUCCGACUCAGAAGAAGAAGGAUAUUUUCUCGGACAGCCAAUUCCUCAGCCCCGGCCGCAGAGAUACGCAUACUAUACAGAUGACCUUUCUAGUCCAACUUCCGCACUCCCCACUCCUCAGUUUGGUCAGAGGACAACUAAAUCCAAGAAGAAAAAGGGACACAAGGGCAAAAACUGUAUCAUUUCUUAACCUAGUAGCUGUGGAGAUCGUAAACUUAGCCAUUAACCAUCUUAAAUCGUAUCUUUUUUCUUCCAUAGGAAAGUUGCUAAAAUAGAUUCAAGUGCUUUGCCCAUGUAAAUGAGACCCCGACUGCUGUUUACAGUGUCAGAUUAGCCUUUGGAAGGUGUGAUUUCUCCAUUUACCCUCCUUGGAUGGUGCCAGGUGGACGUGACCUCUUGUGCCUGUUGGGUGCAUCACAGUUUGAUCUCCAACCCUCAAGAGAUCCUCAAGAACCUGUUGAGAGGUGAUUGGAUGGGGGUGUUGAUUUUAGACAAUAGAGAACUCGAGCCACCUUUGUAAAGCACUAGUGUUUGUCGUUUAUCUGCACCAGGUUGGUCCAGGUCCUGACAGUCUGUCCUGUUGUGCGGCAUGCACGUAAGUCAUGUGACCCAGCCAACACUGUGCGUCCCGUCAUGCAAGGCCACGUCGUCCCCUUCCAACCCUCAUUAGCCAGGUAAACAUUAUAUUGUAUUAGCUCCAGCUAGAGAUCGAAAAGAACAUUGCUAUUUAUAAUGUAGUAUCUCAUAGACUUAAGUGUAUUCCUAAUUUAACGGUGCAAAUAUUAAUGUAUAUACUGUACAGUUCAGAUUUUAAAGCUGAUAUUUUUAUAUCCCUGAAAUGUAAGAUGUUUGUUACACUGCAGUGCUAGAUUUGUUAGGGAACCAGAAACAUCAUUUAUGGAUGAAAUGAUUGCUUGUAUUUUAGUCAGGGUUUAUAAGUUUAGAUGGUCAAAUUUAUAUUGCCUAGUGAUGGAAAGUUCCUUUUUUUUUUUUUUUUUCCUCCAAUAUUAAAAAGGCUCUGUAUGCAUGGUGGGGCUAUGUAAAUACUCUUUAAAACUAUGGCCCUAUUAAUCUUACAAGUGUUAUUUAUGGGUCAAGCAAUGUAAACUGUAUAAAUGUAAAAACAAACAAACAAAAAAAACCCCCUACACGUACACCUGGAAUAUAUGGUAAAAACAAGCAGAAGCUGUUUGGGUGAAUACUUUUUUUCCCCUUUGGCAUGGGCAGGGGUUGCCUUUCCCAUUUUCAGCAAGGUAGUGAUUAUCUCAUGGAAAGAGACCAAAAAAACUACAAGGAUCUGCUUUCUGUGGCAGAGUACUUUGUAGAUUUAUUCCUUUUCAUCCCUCCUUUCCAGCUAAUUUGUUGGCCUUUAACAGCAGUUUUGAAAACCGGGCCUUCUGGUUAUGUUUUUCUUUUAAAGUAUUUAGAGGAUGCUGUGUUACUGGUUACUUCAAGUUAAUAUGUGGUUCUAUUUCAAGGGAGAAUUACGUUGGAUUUGAACUGAUGAGCUAAUAUUUUGAUAUGGGCCAUUCUUGCACAUAUGUUUCAGUCCUAACUAACUCAGUGUCCCAGUGGUAUCGCAGAACUUUAGGAAGGUAUUUAAUAAAUGCUUAAUAAAUAA